CCCCUGUCACACGAGAAGGUUUAAUGUCAUUUGCACCUAAUGACAUUUACAUUUAAUGUGGUUAGUUGGCUGCCACACGGGAACAUAUAAUGUCAUUGAACGAAAAUGACUUCUGUAAACGAAUGAGUUCACUGAACUCAUUCGAAUGGGUUCCUGUCGCGAAUGAGUACUCUCGCCGAAGAGUGGCUGCGAUGAAAUUUUCUAUUAAAAGUUAAUAACUCAUUGUAGUCAUUAAUAUGUUUUUAUUUUUAAGUGUAUUGUUUAAUUUUUUACCAAACGAUUCAACUUAUUCGUUCUCAAAUAGUUUGAGUAUUCUCGUUCCCAGCAAUAUUGUCGAGAGCGUUGCCGGCCAUGUUUGACUGUGCUGAGUUGAAGCCUGAAGGUGAUCGAAGCAGCUAGCGAGCUGUCAGCCGGCGCAGAAACGAUGACCUCAACGCAGCCUGAAGCUUCCAAAGGAAAAGAAAGGGCCCGUUGGACGGAAGCGGAGACGUUCACUUUAAUAAGGAUUUGGGAGGACCACAUCGGCGACUUGCGGCGGGCAAAACGGAAUGCAAAGGUGUAUGCCGCUAUUUUGGAAAAGUUGCGAGCAGCCGGCAUUGACAAGACACUAAAAGAAAUAAAAAGCAAGAUCGAAAAUCUCGCAAAUAAGUACAGAGAGAUCAACAAAAACAAAAGGACCGGCUCGGGCUGCAUUCGGUGGCCCUUUUAUUGGGAACUACACAAAUUUUUGGGAACCUUGCCGAUCAACGACGCAACACUGGUGUGCGAAAGUGAAUGCAGUGAUGACGCAACUGUUGAGCAGAUUAUCCGUCAAAUGGAGGUGGGCGCCCCGGCAGCAGAUGAUCAGCCGGAGCCUCCUCCAGAUAUGGACGACAUGUUUGAUGUGCCGCCGUCACCAUGUGCAGAAGAAAAUACACCCCCAACACCAACGGCGCCCAGCAACGAGGCGGAGGUACAAAAUGUGCAAGGCCAACUUGCGGGCUUAAAGAAAAAAACCCCAUCAGGCCAUGCGAUUCUGCUGAAGCAGAUAAUUGAAGAGCAGAGGCAAAUGCGUUACGCAUUUGAAAGAUCGAAAGCGAGGGAACAUGAGCUGCGCAGGCGGCAACUCCUUCUUCAAGAAGAAUCUGGGAAGAGAGAACAGGAGCUGAUUUCUGUCCUAAGAGACAUUGGAAAAAAGUUGUAA